UUUCUCGAUGCGUGAGUAUAAACCAAUUCAUAAUUCGUAAGCGUUGCAAGCUACAAGAUAUUCGUUAAGUUGUUCCUCCCCAAGCACACGGAAAAUCUCUGAAUUCAAAAUUUUUUGAGGAACAUCUUCAUUCGUUCCGUGUUCUUUCUCGAUGGACUCAUACAAAUCCUCGUCAUAAAAGCUGAGGUAGACAUGGACGUCGUUCAAAUUGGCACAAAACGCGAUCGCAUUCUUCAUCAAUUCACUAAAAGCUGGAAAAAACAGAGCGAAUUGCGAGAAUUGAGGGUCUGAUCUGUAGUCUGCGUUAAUUUCCAAGGCCGACGAGUGAUCAAAGUGGAGCUGGUCGAGAUUGUCGAGGAUCCUCUUCUCAGCAAUCAAGGUUGACACCUUUCUCAGGUCGUCUGCGUUGAAAUACUCGUUUCGCAUGGUAAAAGUUUGCAGUUUUGGAAAGGAUGUUCGAAAGGAAUGCGGUUUCGUGGCUAAAAAUCAAAAUUUUGAAAUGAGCCAUUAGUCUUUGGAAAAUUAUACUGUGAAUUUUAUUCGAGGAACUCAAGUUUAUUGAAACUUAAAAACACAAUUUUGGACGCAAAAAUCUUUGCAUUUGUCGCAACAGCGAUUGGCUUACCCAGCAACAAAUUCGGAGCGGAAAAAAGCUGCUUUUUCUUGCUUGCUUUUUUUGGCAACAAAUUCGGACCUUUUUGCGUUUUUUUGCUCCGCUUUUUUCUCCUCGUUCUUGCUUCCAAGCGAAUUCGCUUUAUUUUGCGUUUAAGAACAGAGCCCUAUUGCUGAAUAUUUUGGCAGCUAUAUUUUAGCAUUUAACUUAAAUCAUUUUACAUCAAAGUUUGUGGACGUUUUUUAUCAUGAAUAUAAGUUCAGUUUUAGCUCAUAUUUCUUGGUUUUUAAUGGGUUUCAGAAAAUUUAUAUCGAUUUAUGCUUCGCUUUUUCUCGCUCUAAUUCGCUUUUAGGGUUUUAUCGCAUUUAUUUGCUUCUGUUGUUGCUCUCUUCGCGCUCUUCCUUUAAACUGGUUGUGAAUUUAAAUUGAUUUUAUAAAUAAUUUUAUUUACUCACUCGCUGAACCUACCGGAAACCAUUCCACAUCUUCAGCUUCCAACCCUCCAGAGUUGAUGCACAUGUGGCGCAAGGCAUAAGAUCCUGUCGCUGGUGCUUGCCUUGGGAUUGGGAAGAAAGUGAAAGAAUUUUCAGCAUAAUUUUCCGCGGUGGCCGAAUUCAGAACUGCGCUUCCAGAAGUGGCAGGUGUUGCAAGCAAAGUCUUGUAAUUGUGACCUGGCUCUUAUAUAGCUCUAUUUUAUUUUCCGAAUAUGCCCUGAAGAGAAAUGAUUUCAGGUAGGAAAAGCUCUUGAUAAAAUCAUCAACGCCAUUUUUAGAUUGCAAUUCCAAUUCUUUGUUUUCGUCAACGUGCAGGUCGACGUUGACAUUGUUCAGACCUUUUAACUUUCUGCAGAUGGUCUUCAAGUUCGAGUAUCUGAUUCUGUAGCCACGAAAUCGAAGUGUUUUCAGCUUUUCCAUUCCACGGAUCGCCUGCACUGCGUUUCUGUUUAAAGUAUUGCUUUUGUUACAAUUAUGGUCGUCAUUUUCAUCGCCAAAGCAAACAGAAAUUCCUGCUUGAAUUGCGAGUGAUUCGAUGUUAGGGGCCCGUGCUCCAAUUAGUUCCAAAACCUGCACAGUAAAAAUAAUUAACCAUUUUGGGAGACGAUCCGUAUCAGUAGAGGGCUUUUAAUUAUUUACCUCUGUAACUUCUUCCAGUAGAUUCUCAUUAGCGGGGCAAAAAGACAAGAGAUUGCUCAAGUUUAUUUUUCUAGUCCUCGAAUUUAGCAACUGAGCAACUCUAUUUUUCAUUUUGGUGAAUUCCGUUGUGUCUCCAAUCUUGUUGCUGCAUUUCCGACUCAGAACUCUCUUUAAAAUUACCUCGAUUACAUUAUGAGCUGUACAUGUAAGUGUUAUUAAUAUCCUCACAAACUAUUUAUAAUUUCAUUACUCACGCAAUUUCAAAAAGAUUUUCGACAUUUUUUUACCCUUUUUACCAUAGUAUUUUUGCAGAACUGGUUGCGCUGAAAAGAAAAGUCAUAUAGAAAAACAAAAUAUGCAAGAUUUUGGACUCACCAAACCGCUUUUUGUCACUGGGUUGAGAUAUGAAGGAAUCUACGUUUGUUACGACCUUUUCUACUAAAAUGUCGAACAAACUAUGUUCCUGCAGAUUAUGCAGUCGAAUUUGCGCCAGUUGCAAUCGAUCAUCGGAGUCCAUGGCAGGUUGCGUAUAUUGUUGAAAAUAUCUUAACUGAUUUCAAGUUAAAGAUUAGAACUAUCCAAGUAUGCAGCUAUUCGGGUCCGAGGGAAUAGUUAAUAUGGCUUAGAGCGCUUAAAAUACAAUCAUAUAUGUGCAUCAAUUUUGCUCUCGUCAAAUAUUAAACACUUUAAUUUUAUAUUCAAUGCACGGAAUAACAAUUCAUUGAUGUUUGAUUUCAUAGUCAGUAAAUGAUUUUAUUGUUACUUGAUUCCAUGAAAUCUUUUUCUUUGUUGUCUUGAUUAAAAAUGUUGUACAUAAAAAUCAUUAUUAGGAUUAUCUUAACGGCCGGGGGCGACCGAUUUAGAACAUUCCGAAACCACUUCAUAAUGUAUCCUAUAAUUUAUUUGUACUAAUUUAAAUGAAUUAAUUCUUAUUAUAUAUUUCAAGUCAAUCAAUAACAGUCUUUUAUUUAUUAAGCAGAAGUCAAUAUACAUUAUUCACUAUUAUCUUUUUAAGUUUGUUAUGAAAUUAAUAUACUUUAAGAAUUAAUGCGAUUGCAAAUUAAUCCGAAAUUUUGCCAGUUGAAAUCGAUCUUCAGUCUCCAUGGCAGACUAUUUUUAAAAUGAAAUGGUGAAAUUAAAGACCAAUUGCUUUUCCUGGCCGAGGAAAUAGUUUAAUUGAUUUCGAUUUAUUCAUCUUUAUAUGUAUAUGUAUCCUGCUUUCCUCAAAAAUUAUAUGCAUUCAAAGCAAAUUUGAUUAUUUAGACAAUCCUGAUUUAAAUAUAAAAAAGUAUAUGGGAUUUGUUAGUGUAAUUAUAUUGUUUGUUCAGUUGAAAAGAAUAAAUUGAAUGAACAAUAAUCCGAUACCCGUCCAUUGCAUAGAAAUUACAAAUAAUUACGACAUUAGUUUCUUUGUCGUGACACGUUUUGAUUUGAAACAUGUUUGAAGUUAUUGGUAUUUUUUUAGAACCUCUGCACAGCACUUGAAAAGAUGAGUAAACAUCACAGCAGAUGGUAGCGGCCAACUCGUGUGCAAAGUGUGAAAUUUAAAAUUAAAAGCGAAUUUGGAGUUCAAUUGGACGUGAUUUUUUGCGUUGAAAUUCAUAUUUGCUUAAAGUAAAGAGUUUGAAGCGUUUUUAGGGUUGAAAUGUAGCCCGUUAAAUUCUGCACAAGCAGACCAAGUUUCAUAGGUGCAAUCGCGAUAGAUUUGCUGAAAUUCGAAUUUUGAAUUUAAAAACUUUUGAUCGAGGCCGCUUGACCGCGUAUGCACUUUGAGCAGCGAGUUCGCCUCUCGUUCUUCAAGUUGAUUUUAUUUCGCAUUUUAAUUUCUCAGAAACACCAAGAGGACUUAGGGCAGACCAAUGAAGGUCGAAAUUGACCUUCAGGGUCUGCGCCUGAAGUGAUCCUGAGAUAAAAAAUUUCGAAAAUUUCCAAUUUCAACGAACUCGGAGUAUUUUAUUAGGUUUUCACUACCGUGAAGCCAUAACCGCCAAAUGACAAUCCUGAAACCGGACCUUGAAUAAAUGUGCUUCUGAUUUGCCGCAGGACUGUCUCCUGAUUGGCCUCCAUUAUUUCAACGCCAUAUUGACUGCUUACCGGCCAAGAACCAACACAGAUUGCAAUCCGGACCCGCCGGUGAGAAAAAGGAAAACACAUGUGGGGAAAAUACGUUUAAAAUGAUUUUUUGAUACGAAUAUUACGAGAGCGUGUGGUGACGCAGAGAAGCAUCGGUUGAUAGCGACGGGGCCGUGGACGAGGGAUCACUCAAUUGACCUUUCACUUCGUCCAAAAGGAAAGAGCAGGCGAUUCGUCCGAUUUAAUUAAUUCCAUUCACAGUUUUGAGAAUCAGAAGGUGUUUGCUACGGUAUAAAUAUAUACAUAAAAAAUAAUUCCUCUGUAUAUAUGCUGCAAGUUGAUGUCAUGUUUAUUUUCCUAAGACAAUAAUUAUUAGAAUAAUUAUCUUAUGCCAAAUUUAUUUAUGUCUGAAAUGUCUUCAAUAUUGCCCUGCGACCUCUGUUAUCAGAGGAGGAAUAUUUGAUUUAAAUAAUUGAAGUAUAUAAACAACUUCUCAUCACGCAUUGCUGGCCGCAGAGACGCAGAGUUGUUUGGCUCAACAGACGCGUGUAUCAAGAAGCCUUCACCGAGUGCAUGAAAAAUGGAUUUCAGAUACCUUUUUGUCAUCCUCCUCGGCUUGGUGGUCAGCCUCGCUCAAUGCAACAUUCGAGCUCCACGUGAGUAUUUUUAUUUUAGUUUUUGAUAUUUUUUUAAUCUAAAAUACGUCUUCUGCCUACCUAAAAGUUUUCAACACAGGAGAAAAUUUGAGCUUUCACGAGUGUGGCGUUCGGGAUGCAAAUACAAACCGCACCUCGUGGCUUGCAUUUUUGCAAAGUCGAAAUGUGAAUUGCAAUGGCAUAGUCAUUUCUCGCAGGACCAUUCUAACACGCCAAUGCAGUCACAAGAAGAGAGAUGACGAAAAUAUGAUUGCUCUCGUUGGAGAUUGUUCUGAAAAAAAUGGCUCCGGCGAUUGCAUUCUUGACGAGCUUGAGAUUGAAGAUAUGAUUGAAAUAAAAGUGGCAGAUCCAACUGCCGGGGCGCGAGAUAAAAUCUCUCUCCAACUUUUCAUCUCAGAGAAAAUGCCCAAAAAUAUCCGGCCUAUUUGUUUGUUCAACCGCGGCCAGGAAAUGGACUUGGCAAACCUUGUUUAUUCACCGUACUUUAAAAUGCGAUGGAUUUUUGAAUUCAGUGAUGAAGAGGAUCUUUCUGAUUUGCGAGACAAGCUGGACCCACUAAAUAUUGUGCCGCAUGAUAUUUGUUUCAAACAAAGCACAGAAUGGGAGCAACGUUUUGGGGACUUACUGCAACAUUCUCAACGAUUUCUUUGUGUUGACGAUCCUGAGCAUUAUAAUGAUGGAAUUCUCGUGAAUUUUCAUAGCGGACGCUACUUUCUACGGGGUUUUUCGGUACCUUCCAUCAGCGAAUCAGUGGAACAUAGCCUUUAUUUGGACAUUUUGCCACAAAUCGAUUGGAUCGGCCAACACGCGGAAGGAAUCUUUGUUUUACCCGCCAUUCCGCCAUCAAAACCAUGCAGAGGUUUCAAAAAUCCAAAUAAUCUGAGUUUCCGUAACUACGGGAAGAAACCGAAAAUCAGGAAGAAACGAGACGACGACGACUAUUCUAAUGAAGAUGAGGAUGUUGAUGCCAGUGGGUAUAUACUCAAUGGCUACAAUGCUGAACACGUGCACCCGUGGCACGCUUACGUCGAAAACACUGCAACUGGCGAGUUAUGUGGCGGAACCCUUAUCUCGAUGAGGACGGUUUUGACUGCUGCUCAUUGUAUUUAUGGAAGGAGAGCAAACCAAUUCAGAGUUUCUAUUGGAAUGUAUGACAAAACAAUAAGAAAUGAUUCAACCGUUCAAAAGAGAAGACCAAGCCAAUUAAUCUGCCACCCUGGCUACAAAGACAAACAGUUUAAACACGAUGUUGGCCUGAUGAUUUUUGAUAAAAGUUUUAUCUUGAACAAAAACGUCCGUCAAAUUUGUCUGUGGAACGAGGACUCGAGUUUGAGCCUCGUCGCUAAACGUCUCGGCGUGGUGGUUGGAUACGGUUUAAAAGAGAACGACAAUGUGCCAAAGAAGUUGCAAGAGGCUAAGCUGCCAAUUAGAUCGCACAAAGAGUGUUACCAGCAGCACAGAAAAUUCUUUGCAAAAUAUUUGUACCCAGGAGACAAUUUCUGCGCCGGCUACGCGAACGGAACAGGCACAUGCAAAGGGGACAGUGGCGGCAGUCUCGCCGUGGAAAAGAACGGCCGGUGGUUUGUUAGAGGAAUUGUCAGCUUCGGAAUUACUAAAAAGGUCCUGGUUGACAAUGAAGAAGAAUCGUUUUGCAUGCCAAACAGAUACUCGUUGUUUGUUGAUGUUGCUAGUUACAUGGAUUGGAUUGUGGAAAACACUCCUGACGUCUCUUUCAAGGACUGAAAUUGUUGAUCGUGUUUUCUUUUGGGAAUUUAAAUUUAAUUUUGUCCAGUUAUUGAUUUUCAUAAAUGAGCGAGAGAGCGACCGAAAAAUUCACCUCUAUCGUUUAUUAAAAUUUUCAACAUUAUGCAAAAAUUAAAUUUCAACUAACGAAGAUAAAAAAGGAAACUUAAAAGAUCACUGCGUGAUGGGAGCUAAUAUUUGAGUUGCUAUAUAUUUUGUGUCUGUGUCUAUCCCACCCAAAUAGUAUGGGCGUAGUAUUAACUCUACACACUUUUAUUGUGGGUAUGGAUGCAGAGGUAUUAUAACCGAUAAUUUUAUUCAUUCGUAUAUCUUAUUUUGGGUAAUUAAUUGUUUCCCUUUUACAGUAGAGACUUUGAGGUGAUCGAGCACUUUCAGGAUGAGCGCAAAAAUUAAGCAGGAAAGUUGCUGGCAGAAUAUUAAAUAAAAUGCUAAAAAAAAAACGUUUUUCGCAGACCAACAAAAAAAUAUUUUUGACCUUAAAAUCAUGGGAGGAAAUAUAAAACAAGAGUCGCGCGGCCUGAAAACCCCAGCAAGAGCCGCAACAUUUUAUCACGCUGGCAACUGUUCUCAUAGAGUUUUUUCUUCUGAAGUGAUAUGUAAUGAGACAAAAAUUCUGGUGACCCUGGCGCGAGGUUUUUCAUCCUCCGAGUAUUUAUAGAAAUUAACCCUUGAACGAACACCUUGAAAAUCAUGUUGAGACUAUGCUGAAAGUAUUGAUUUGCCGUUGGAUUUAUACUGAGGAAAUUAAUAAAUGAACACAGUUUAAUUCAGUCAAAGAACCAAGGAUCAUUUAUUACUUCCGUUUGAUAUCCGUAUUUUUUGGAAUAACUCUUCUCACCCAUUCCAAAUUUUAUCUCUCUUUAAGUGACAUUUUAAUUUUACCUCCACACCCUUCAUAUAAAUCUAAAAUAAAUUUAAAUCAGAAUGUAAUUUUAAGACGAAAAUAAAAAGAAAUAAAAAAUUGUAUUUUGUUUUUGCUUCUUUAUUUAAUUCAUCUCUUUAAAAUCUGUAUAUUUAGUGAAGUUUGGUCAAUUCGAUUCCUCCUCCUUUUCGUUUACCCUAGAUAUUUCCUCCUCAGCUCCUUCGCCUCGUCGUCUAAAUAAACCAGAUCUUGUGGCCACCAAGCCAAAGCUUCAAGACUGCAGACAUAUUUGGCCAGAAAUCUGAAAAUUACAAAAAAAAAUCAUUAAUAAAAUCGAAAAAAAAAUCCCGCUUCUGCUCACUCUGCGUGCCAGAUGCAGAAAUAGCAAAUCAGAUCUACGUCCUCGAUUUCCUCCUGCAAUUCAUGGCCGCAGACCUUCAAGAACCAAGUCUGCAGCUUCUCCUUGUCCAAUUGGACAGCCUGGACAGCGCUGUCUGCCGUCGGACGCUCGCAAACGCGGCAGAGCGGCUUCAAAAGCGGCAUCACGGCAACUCCAAAUGGCGCGAAUGAGAUCGAAACAGCUGCAGGUGGUGCAGGUAGUUAUAGGUUCGUCAGGUUGAUAAUGGGGUAACCGAAAAGGAGUUUGAAUCGCCGGAAUAAUCGACGAUAAAUAUAUACCCGCGAUUUAAAGAGAAGAAUUAAAUGAAGAAGCAAUUUAUAUUUGCUUAUUUCUAAUUUUUGUUUUUUUUCGUCACAUAUUUAAAUCUUGAUUCAUAAAAUGAAUUAAAAGAGUUAAAUUUAAUUCAGCUCCGGAUCAAUCUGCUAUAAAAAUAGGGGCAGGGGUAAAACG